UUGUCGUACAGUUUAUAUUUAUAAUAUUCGCAAUGUACACAUGUACAUACUGUAUGUGCCAAUGGCUAUUCGAAACUUCUUCUUUCACCAGUUACAAUAUACAUUGUCAAUAAAUCACAUAAUAUUCGAAAACAUACACAAAUCUGUUAUUAGUGUUCUUCGGGUUAUACUCAACUUAACAUCUAAACUGAAUUCGUGUACAGAAUUGUUGUAUACAGAAUUAUUACCUUCGCUCAUAUAUCCACCAUUAUUUCUAAGUGAAUACAACGAUUAAAGUAUUUGAUUACUGUCAAUUAUAUGAGUAUAUUAUGUACAAUAUAACUAAAACCUUGUUUUCAUUGUGUGAACCAAACACAGAAAAUAAUUAUAAUCAGUUUUUUAACCCGAAUAUUUGUCAUGUCUGCAAGCAGCCGAAUCAAGGCGAAUUAAUACCAUGUGGUUCGUGCGACAUGGUCUUUUAUUGUUCCACGGAGCAUCAAAUAAUGCAUCAAAGCUCGCAUAUGGAAGUCUGUUCAGUUAUUCCAUUUGCAAGAAUAGAAGACUUGGAGUCGAACGCUCGUCCUUUUAAUUCAGAUGACAAAUGGAGGUCAUCUCGAAAGACAUUUAUGCAAGGAAUUCGGAUGAAAAUAACACGUGAUCUAAUGCCGUACGAGAAAGAGAUGAUAAUGUGCGCAAAAUCAUGUCUCAUUUGUCAUCAACAGAUUAGUCUGCGAACUUGCAGGACCUGCUAUUCCGCCAAUUAUUGUGACGAGCACCAAUGGGAUUUUAAAAAUAAACAUGAGUUAAUGUGCCCGGAUUUAUUGAAAAUGCGUCGAUAUCAAGAGGCAGCUAUAUCUUGGAAAUGCAAGUGUGUCAUAUGAGGAUUAUGUGCGCACAAGUUUAUAUAAACAAGCAAAUAUCAUUAUUGCAUUUCAAGCAGAAUUUAGUAUGGGGAGUCCACUGUUAGAUAUUUUCAUUGCAACACAAGAUCAUACAUGUCCGUUUUUUUUCACCACUGCGUCACAAAAUAAAGCAGAAGAGAACAUAAGGAAGAUAGAAGAAGUUAUGAAUGUUCCUAGAGAACAUCGUUUUGUAGAAAAUAAAUUUCGAAGUUACAAACCGUACAGAAACUACGAUACUGGUGAAAUUUAUUAUCGUAAUGCUUAUUUAGUUGUGAUCUUAUGAAUUUAAAUAAUGCAAAAAAAACUUCAAAAAAUUUAAUUAAUAUAUAAUGGUGUUCGGAAUUAUUUUUAGUUUGAGAAUGUUUUCGAGGCUACGUAUAUUUUCCUUUUCCACUCUAACUGGCUCUGAGGGUCACGGGAUUAAUAACUUUGUUGCUUAGCUUUAGGGCCAUUUUUAUGAAAUUUAUGUUAUUCAAAUAAAAUUUUAUUCCGCUAUUGAUAAUUGCCUCACGGGUUUUACAGAAUCAACGCUAGUCAGGCUUGGAUCUUUAGCCAAGAUGAAUCGGCAAAAUGUACCUUAACCGAACAGAAAAUCAAUAUCCUUUAAUUUUUUCGUUAGUUUGAUUUUUUUUUCAUUGUGUUUUUAUAUACUUAUAUUUCUAUUCCUGUACUUGGAUAGGAUUGUUUUCGCAAUGUAGUUAUGAUUGUAUCCACAAUUUUUCGACAUUAUUGUUUAUUACAUAUAAAUUUGAUAGAAUUCGCGUAUAAAAAAUCACUUUGUUGGUAAAAUAUACAUUCACUGUCAAAUAUAUUGUCUUUACUUUCUUUCCCUUUAAAAAUGCGUAACAUAUGUUAUAGAGUUUUAUUAAUCGAUUUAAUGAAUAUUAUGUAUUUAAUGUAAAAUAAUUUUGUAAUAUCUUGCAUAGUAGCAAGAAAUCCUAUAUUUCAGAACUUUGAAGUUGCAAUUUAUCAGACAACUAAUUGUGGUGACAGACUAAGCAAACAUGAUAAAGGUCUUUUUCUAUAUGCGUUAUUUUCCACCUCUCCCUGCUCGUCAUAUUCCUUUAUAAAUAUAAAUAUUCCAAUAUAAAUAUAUUUACUAUAUAUUUGGUUUGGUAAAAGCCAAAAUUCAAACUUGUAACACAAUAACCAAUAAGGCGAUGUAGAAAGAGAUCACGUAUAAAAUUUGUAUCUUGAUUAGAUUCCGGGAUCUCCCCGUGAGACAUUUUUAUAUUCCACUUGUAUGCUUUUAAUUGGGCUAAGUUUGCUUCUUCCGUUUAUAUUGUCCAAUUUCAAUAAUUGUAUGAAUGAAUAUUAUUUUAGUUAUUCGAAUAUAUAAUAUAAUCUAAAAAUAUAUCAAACACAGAUAAUUAUGCAUUUUGCACGAAGCAACCUCCAGUGACCUUGAUCUUGUCAUAUGUCAUGGACGUUACCCUUUUGAGUAACGCUCAAAAAGUUUUAGGUAUCGCUCGUUGUUUCUUAAAAAAUUAUUAACAAAAGAAAUUGCAUAAAAUAAAUGUGAAUUUUUGGACACCGUAUAUAAAAAACAACGAAUUUGUAAGCUAGGAAGAUGUUUGCUACACACACACAUUCAUACACACUAUUUGGACGUCCGUGCGCUCGUCCGCCCGACGGCUGACAAAAAUGGUGAAAUUUAUUAUCGUAAUGCUUCUUUAGUUGCGUUCUUAUAAAUUUAAAUAAAACAAGCAAAACUACAAAAAAUUUAGUUGAUAUAUAACAGCUUUCGGAAUUACCUUUAGUUUGGAAUGUUUUCAAGUCUAUAUAUACUUUCCUUUUCCACUCUAACUCGCCCGCAGGGCCGGGGGAUUAACAAUUGUAUUACUCAGCCUUAUAUGGAGUUUAUAUUGAGUUUAAGUUAUGCAGAUAAAGUUUUGUUUGGCUAUUUAUAAAUGCCUCACAGAUAUUUCAGUUUUAACAGUCCUAAGGCUUGGCUCUUUAGUCGAGCUAGAACGGCAAAAUAUACCUUAACCGAACAAAAAAUCAAGAUUCGAUUAUUUUCAUGUUAGUUUGAUUUUCACCGUAAUUUUAUAUUCUACUUGAACAUAAUUUUAUUUGCAAUUUAGUUAUGAUUGU